AUGCUCGCGAAGAUGCUCGAGACCGCCUGCUCGUACGCCGAGACCGCGUACGCCCACCUCGCGCCCGCGCACCGGCACUACGUCGCGCUCUACACCGCCUGCGUGCUCUACGCCGAGGACCUCGGCGCGCGCGACCCCGCCGCCGUCGCGCACUUCGCGCGGCGCCUCAUCGCCGGCGCGCCGCAGCUCUCCCCCGUCUUCGACCGGCUCGCCGCGCUCCUCCGCGGCGCGCACGCGCUCUGGACCGACGCCGGCGCGGACGCGAUCAUCGCGAGCACGCUCGACGCGCUCAGCGCGACCGCGCUCGAGCACGCCGCCGGCGCGCGCGGCGGGAUGGCCGUCGCGCCCGACGCGACGCGCUGGCCGUACUACCUCCGCACGCGCGCGGGCGGCGGGCCGCAGUACACGCACUUCAUGUUCAUGCGUGGCUGGCGCGAGUCCCCGGAGUCGUACCUCCAGAUUCUUCCCCUUUCAUUCUACAAAGAAGAGCUGGUGGGCGAACGCACCAACUAUGUCCACCUGCGCGCGGCCGCCGAGCAGAUCACCCCGAUGGAGGUCCUCCAGCGGCUGACCGCCGAGGUUCUCGACACAGCGGAACGGAUCGAGAGGGUCGUCGGAGACGACCUCGAGCUCCGCGACCUGUGGCACCAGUACAAACAGACGUAUCUUGAAUUCACCAUCCGCACGCCACGCUACCGCAUGAAGGAGCUCGGAGUGGUUCCGUGA